GGACCACCACAGAGCAGGUUUUAUUUGGGUGCUGGAUCUGGUGUUUCCAACGUUGUGGUGAAUAUAUUGAGGCCACAAAUAAAUAUAUUGAGGUCAGAAAUUAAUAUAUUGAGGUCACAAGUUAUGUGAAACGUAGCCCAUGGCCUUAAAGUAUUAAUUUGUGGCCUCAAUAUAUUAAUUUGUGGCAACGCCUUAUUAAAAAUAAUAACCAUGUCACAAUAGAAGCUCCGUAAGUUUAUGCUUGAGUAGUAGCAAAAUAUCUGUAAACCUUAUUUACGAUAAGUUCACAGUUUUAGCUAAAAGAUAUUGUUUAGUAUCGCAAUAUACUGUAGUUACUUGAAUGUGCUCUACGGGUUCUUGAAGACUUUUAUUUUGUCACGUGACAAAAUAAAAGUAGAAACUUACGGCGCGUUGCUUGGGGAGGGUGUUUUGGACGGGUGGUUAGCUGAUAGUUAAACAAACUAACCUAGAUACUUUUGGCCGGGUGGUUUUAAUAAAUAUUUGGAAGAAGGCUACUAUUAUAAGUGAAUAUAUGACUGCCUGUUAUUAGCGAGGUGUGGAUGUAACUUAACUACUGCUGCGGACUCAAAACCUUUUGUGUUGUGUGAGCUAGCUAGCGUUACGUUAGCUAACGUGCUAAUCUGUAAACACAUCACAUUCGCACAGCGGUCUGAAAUAAAUGCCUUUACUAAAAUCGCAGCUUUUGUAAUUCAGAAGUCGUGUUUCAUUGUCAGUCUUCACAGGGAUAUGUCGCUAAGUUCAAUACAGCCCACAUUGUCUACGCUGAAGACAUGUCAGGUCGACAUUGGUACAGGAAUGGACAUCGUGUCAGACGUUGCUUUGGACCUAGUCGAAGCCCAAGGUACCGAUGACAGUCCAAGUUUGAGGAAACUGGAGCAGAUGAUGUUGGAGUGCGCCACACUGGACAGAGAGAUAAACUGCUUUGUGGAGUCUGUUGAGCAGAUGACAGCUCGAGUGAGACAUGAACCUCCACAUGCCAUGUUCACGCUGUUGGACUCGGUAAAAGAUCGCUUCUCUGAACUCAUGGCCACAGAUGCAGACAUUCAAAGGCACAGUAAGGUGGUGGCCUUCAGGGACAGCAUCAGGAAAUCUGUGUUACAAGGAAAUCAGAUGGCAGCUGCUAACGUGGAAGAGGAGCUGGAUGAAGACAUCGCUGUAACACAGAGUCAGACAAACUUCACAUGUCCUCUUACCCAGGUUGAGAUGGUGAAUCCAGUGAAAAAUAAAAAGUGCCAACAUUAUUAUGACCAAGAAGCUGCACUAGCCAUGAUCAAGACUAAGCACAACAAUAAGAAGAAGUUUCGCUGUCCUGUUGUUGGCUGUGGGAACAUGGAUGUGAAACAGUCAGAUUUGGAACUGGACCUGGUGAUGAAGAGAAUGAUCCAGAACCAUAAGAGGCAGAGCGGAAAGAGUUGAGUUCUGAGUCAUAGAGUUACAAUCUUUAUUUUUGUUGAAACAUUAUUUGACUUAUUGGGCAUUUCUAUAUUUGUUUCUAGCAAAAACCUUUGCAACUUCAUUGUGUUUUAUUCUGUAUCAUAUUGUAUCAUAUAUGUUUUUUCUUCAAAUAAAUGUCUAAUAUUUGCACCCUA